AGCGAGCUUACGAGAUCCCACCAGUGCAGCAAAUCGUCCAGGAAAUCCCACCACCAAGACACGUCGUUCAAGCUCUGUUAGCUCAGAGUCAUGCUCGAUCUCAGCAAGGGAAAGAACUUUGCGACGAAUCAGUUCACAGCUCGACCGAUAGCGUUCCUCCUUUGCAAGCGAUGUCUAAGAGAUUAACUUACCGUGAGCAGCAGAAAGCUCUAGGAAAGCUUGCCGUCGGCGAGACUUCGCGGGCUCCUCCUCCAGAUGGAGACACAUUGAUGGCCAAUGCUGCUGAGGCUCUGGCCUUGGCUCGUCAAUCUGAGAACGAGAAUCGAGCUUCGGUUGGUGUUGAGAUGGCUAGCCAGGUCAACCAGGAUAACGCUGCUGUCGUUAGUUCAAGGUCUCACGAUGAUGAUAGUAAUGGUAGCGUUCGUCGUUAG